CCAAUGGAAACGAUCAAAUUUUAAUUUGUUUAACAUGAAUUAAUCAAGCUGUAGUGGGAACAUGGUAUUAUAUUAAUGACUAAAUCAACUGAUUCGUAAUUUUUUCAUUAUUGCUUGGAUUAUUAUGUCAAACGAUGUAAUUUUUAAAAAAUAUUCCAUAUAAUUAAAAUUGAUGGCUGUAAUCUAAAGAAUAUUUAUUAUGGAAUCUGGGUCUGUUUAUCCGAAAUCUCAAGUUAAGGGCAUAUAUAAAAUCAAUGAUGUUAAGGUUAUGAUAGGCUUCGGUAAAGCUCAACUUUUAAUUUUUACAGUAGGGAGCUUUUAUAUUAUAUACUGUAUCUGUGAAAUUAUGGGCAUGGCUAUUAUAUCUCCUUCUAGUAAUUGUGAUUUAAAUAUACAAAAUGCAGAGCAAGCGGAAUUAAUGACUAGUACAUUUAAAGGAUUAAUACUUUCCUCCUAUUAUAUCGGUUUCUUAUCCGAUAAAUAUGGACGACGUACUAUAUUAAUUUACUCCACUUUGCUGACCUUUACGUUCUCCCUACUUUCUACCCUGAUGCCUAAUUACUAUUCAUAUCAUUUUAUGCGUGUACUUACGGGUAUCUUCUUAGCUGGACCAAUUAUAGUUACAUUGCCUUAUGUUGCAGAAUUUAUGUUAGAUCAGUACCGUACAAAAGUGAUGAACUAUUUAUACAUGUUUAAUGGAGUUGGUAUGAUAUAUAUGCCCGGUACUGCUCAAAUAUUGAUUAAUAUGAAUUGGAAAAUUAAUCUUAUUAUAAUAACGUAUCGCCCAUGGCGCUUAUUAGGUUUUAUCUACAUAUUACCGGGUAUAAUAGCUCUUGUUUUGCUAUAUCAUUUACCCGAAUCUCCUAAGUAUCUCUUAGCUGCUGAUAAACAUGAUGAAGCUUUCAAAGUUGUGAACUGGAUUUCUUUACGAAAUAAUGGUGUGCCACUGGAGUCUCUUGGAGUCGUGGGAUUCGAACCACUUCUAUCGCGGGACAACAAUGCAAACCGCAUUUGGAUUUGUGAACUUUGGUUGGAUUUGCUACCAAUAUUUGCUAAGGCUUAUGUGAAGCAAUUUUUGCUUAGCUGUGCUACAAUGAUGGGUUUGGUAGCCGUCGCUAGCGGUUUGGGUUUGUGGUAUACGGACGUAAGAAAUCGACUGCGUAUAUCUAACGAAAUUUCUGAAGAUAACGAAAUAACUUUAUGUGAAAGAAUCUCGGAAUUCGAAUCAGCUAAUAUUACCUUGAGAUUUGAUAGCAGACCACAGCCUUGUUUUGAGUAUAUAAAACAGUUUUGGGAUUCCAUAACCAUGGGUAUUUGUUUUAUAGCCGGAUAUAAUAUCAUUGGCUUAUUGCUUCUAAUAACCAAUCGGAAACGUAUAUUUAUAUAUUCUCUAAUUAUAUCUGGUAUAUGCGGAUUGUGUAUUAAUUUUGUAACUUUACAAGUCCUAGAAUUAAUUUUCCUAAUAUUAUUUCUGGUACUUCCGGCCAUCCUGGUAAAUUUUCUUAACACUUUUGUGAUGGAUAAUACUCCAACUUAUUUAAGAAAUAAAGCUCUUAGUAUUGUUACUAUAUUGGGGCGUGUAGGCGCCAUUUUAGGUUGCCAUAUCGGCAUUUACUUUUUGAAUAAUGUUUGCUUCCUGGUUUUUACCUUGUUACCUCUUAUAUCAUUUUGUAAGUAA